AUGCGAGACAAAAUUCUUGAUCUGACAGCAGUGACGAUCGCGAGGAAGGGAGGGCAAGACAAAAAGCACCCGGAGUCCCGAGACCGGUCUGUUCCAGCGAGUGUAUACGAUUUAGAGGAGGACGAGAAACAGAAGAGGUGGUGGUGGAUAGGAAAGGAGACAGCAAAAGGCGAGAUGGAAUGCAAGCAAGAUUAUGGUGAGAUUUCGCACAAGAGGGAAAGAAAGGCAGGACCCCAGAGCGAGACGACGACUUGCAGACGGUUCUCCCCCGGACAGCAUGUGGAUCUGACCGACGAGCAAAAGGAAUCAAGCCGUGUGUCUUGUGGUGUGAGGGAAAGUUCAAGAGGAGCCGGCAACAGAGACGAGAGAGGGACUCCGCUGUUCCCUGCUUUUUUGCUGGUGGGUUUCUGCUUCUUUUCGAUUAGCGUCAGGACCAUGACAGGGCAGGAGGGGUGUUAG